AUGGCUGGCGACUACCAGCUCCACACCGCAACUCCAAUCCGCUAUCGGGAAAACCUCGGAGUCACAUCCGCGUGCUCGGCACGAGGCCACACCCACGCGAUCACAGGUCAAAUGUUCGCGCCAACACCAUAUGACUGCACCACGCCCCCAUGGCUUGUACAAACCAGCCCUUUUCCGAAUUUCCCCGUGCAGCAAACCUCGACCAACACUUCGCCGGCAUCGCCUCUCGCGGACCCACGUCUCCCACGACCAGCGCCUCGUGAACACUGCCUGCAAGAUGACUUGUUCUAUGCAUUCACACGAGACGCCUACUUAUCCAGUGAGACAACCGCCGCGAGCCAGGUAGCACGAAACUUGCAACUCUAUUAUCCUCCACAACAGAACACACAUCGUACACUCCCGUUACCGAGAGUCACCAAGCAAGAACCCAACAACAACCACAACAACAAGUUGCAGUUCACCAACCCGUUCACACCCCUUACGCCACUCACACCUUCAACUUCAAACCCUUUCAAGAUGGAAGUCACAAGCAGACCACUCCCAUCAUUGCUGCCCCACUCCGGCCCCAUGGCAUCAAAACCAGUGAGCAGCGCUGCUCCCUGGUCAUUCCCAAACCUCAAGAAGAAACGCCGUCGUCGGGCAAGUCAGAUCUUCAACAUGAACUUCAGCUUUGGCUUUGCGUCUCGGCGAAAGAGUCAAGAUCGCUCCCCUGAGGUUAGCCCACGAACAUCCAUAUCGUCGGCUUCUGGCUCUCCAAGGUCGGACAUGGAGGAAAGCCGCAAGAGACAAAGAGUCGAUUCAAGAGCAACAGAUGCUGAAGCUCUCUUCGCCUCUGAAAAGAAUAGCACACUGGCAGACUCCGAGAAGACCUUGACAGUCUUGGCGCCCUCCACACGGUGUGACACCACCGGUGAAAUGCAUCCAGGUCAACUCGUCGACUUCACCUCCACACCUGUUCCUACCGUACCGGAACCGAUAGUUGCUCCUGCUCCUGCACCUGCUCCUACGCACAGCAGCCCAGCAAGCGAGUUCGAGCUUCGCCUAAGUAGCGAUGCCUACCACGACUACCUCGCCACCACCCAACGACGAAGAUCCUUCCCUGCCGGUGAGUGGGCAGCACGACGAGUCCGCGAGGAGUUUCAGAUGCUACACAAGCUGGAGAAGCUUGAGACCAAAGCAAAGACUUCAGCCACUACGUCUUCCAACAUCAUCGCACCAGCACCCGUUGCGAAUGCAUCGAAUGGACCUUGCGAACUCCACCGUACACCAAGCGAUCCAAGCACCGAGGCCUUCCUCAAACAUGUUCGCGCAAGUCUCGAUGCGAGGAAGAAGGAGAACAAGAUGAGCGAGCGCGGGCGUUCGUACUCGAUCUUUGAGGAUGAAGUAGAGAAGGGAUUUCUUGACGACGCGCCAUUAUAA